AUGUCUAAUUUUGAUAGUUUAUCAUGUCAUUCAAUAUCAUUUGAAAUGCAACAAAAUUUUCUAUGUUCAUUUUGUCAUCAUUUACUUGUUGACCCAAAAGUUAUAACAUGUGGUCAUCGAUAUUGUUCAUUAUGCUUGAAAAAAAUCAUCAAAAAUGAUGAAUCAACAAUAUGUAUUGUAGAUAAUUGUAGUCAAAUUAUUAUGAAUGAUGGAAUUUAUAAAGAUUUUGGUAUUGAAAAUGAUUUAAAACGCUUAACAGAUAUUAUUUGUAAUAAUAAAUCAAAUGGUUGUUCUUGGCAAGGUAAUUAUAUGUCCUACAAAGAACAUUUACAAAUUUGUACAUUUCAACGAAUUCAAUAUCUUGAAGAUCACAUUUUAUCGUCAUCAGUUGAACAUUUACAAAUACUUGCUGAUAUUUGUUCGUCAUUUCAAAAUCAAUCAAUAACAACUAAUUUACAACCAUUAUCUAUACAUACAAUUCCGACAUCUAUAUCUGAAAAUUUAGAUGUUAAAUCAUUACAAAAUGAACUUAUUAAACAAACUCAAAUGAUUGAACAAUUACGUUUAGAACAAAAAUCUCUUCAAUCCAUGUUGAUAAAACGUGAACGUGAUUUAACACGUGUAUCUGUUGACUUACAAUUAUUUAAAGGUGAAUUAUGUCAAUUAAAAAAAGAAUUUGAAUUAUCGAAAACAUAUAUUCAUAAUGAUGGAACAUAUCUAUGGCGAAUUGAUAAUAUUCAACAAUUAUUUCGUAAUGCAAAAAAUGCAUCAAAACCAAUAUCUAUUAUAUCUCCUUCAUUUUAUACCUCAAAAUAUGGAUAUAAAUUAUCACUAAGAUUAUAUUUAAAUGGUGAUACAUCUGUUCGAGAUAAAUAUUUAUCAUUAUAUAUAACAAUCAUGCGUGGAGAAUAUGAUUCAUUAUUAAAUUGGCCAUUUAAAUAUCCGAUUACAUUGUGCUUGUAUGAUCGUAAUUCAAAACAAGAUCAUGUUGUUCAUACAAUAACACCUGAUUUAGAUAGUGAUUCUUUUCAACAGCCAAAAAUGGAUGCUAAUAAAAGUGGAGGUAUACCAGAAUUUUGUCCAUUAUGGAAAAUUUUUAAUCAAGAAUUUGGUUAUGUUCAACAAGAUACAAUGUAUAUUAAAGCUUUUGUUGAUUUUAAUAUUUAUCCAACGAAAAUUUGGCCAUAUUGGACAAAAUUACAAUCAUAUGGUUUACCUAAUAAUAUUGAACAUAUUAAAUUAGAAGAACUAUUAGAUAAUGGAAAAUAA